AUGGGGAGAAUUGACAAGGUGCCGGGCCCCAAGCAUGAGCCUACAAAGUCCGUGGCCUUGCGGCGCUUCGCCGAAUCGGCUGCUGAAAUUCCGGUUCCAGAACUACCAUCACUGCUGUCCCAAUUCCCGCGCAGAUGGCCGUUCCCAAGAGGCGAUCUUUACAACUGGAUCCCCAUCCUGAAUCGGUUUGAUGACAUCCUGGCUCGGCUUAUCAGUAAAUACGACCUUGACCUUGGCCCACAGACGAAGCCUUUUGGUCGGCUGUUCCUGGUUGAUGAGUUGCUUGCUGGUAAUGCAUCGUUAAAAGGAGAAGAAUGUCAAACGAAACUGGAUGCGUUUGGCUUUGGCCGUGAGGGCGACAGAGAGCUGGUGGAGUCGAUAUUAGAUUUUUCCCGGCUCCUUCUGGAGAAAUGCGGAAAUCGAAGCUUGUUUAAUAGUAGUGAGCGGUUGAACGCCUUGCUCAAUACAUCUUCGCUUUCUUUGCUUCAGUGUGCUCUUCGCCUUGGCGUAUGCCUUGCUCAACGGUACUACUCCAGGCAUCGAGCGACAAAUAGUUCGCAUUUCCAUCAGUCGCUCUUAGCAACACAUUACAAUAUCGAACUUGAACGCGUCCAGAAGCUUGCCGCGCCAUUUCCUCGUCCACCGUUAUUGGCGAAGCCUAACGAUGCCCACGUCACCGGGAAGGGAAAAGAGAAAGCAAAACCUCUUUCGACAUCCCCUGGUAAUUGCAAUGCGAAUAAUCUGAUCAGUUUAACCAGCACAGAUACAACUAAGAAAGUUGAAACUGAUAUUCUCCUUGACAAUGGGGCUGGCACAAAUGAUUGGGAAGACUGGGGCAACGUUCGCGUGUCAUAUUACCCUCGAGAUGUGGAGCCUAGCAAAGAACCGUCUGCACCAGUGAUAAGCCACAGCCAUACCGCCCAGGUUCCCACGACGCCUACUCCCGUUCGUCGACAUUCUGUGCACCCCGGCUCCAGGCCUGGUCGUGACUCCUCCCUUGACGACUCACCAUCCGUUGUUACCCCAUCUCCGGCCGUUAAGUCCGAUGAGGCUGCGCGAGGAAUGACUGUAUUAGAAAUACCAAACUCUGAGAUACUGUCUCGUGGCAUAGAAGAGGUUGUGAAUGAAUAUGCUACAAAGGUCCCAAAGGAGUCCAAAUACGAGCUAUUGAACCGGGUGCGUACCGCCUACGCACUCGCCAAAUCCUUUGAAACAAGGCAGCAGAUACUUGCUAUCAGGGUCCUUGCACUCACGAACCUCGCAUACGUAUACCCGGAAGCUGUAUUUCAGCAAAAGAUUCUCUUACAAGACUCGGACGAGCCAAAGCGACUUCAACUUGCUUAUCAACUUGCUGAGUUCGUGCACCUCGGCGUAGCGGGUGAUAUCAGUGCCUCUAUUCCCAACCAGACUUUUGCGCUUGCUUGUCUUGACGCACUUGCGAGACAUAAGUCUAAGGCAGCGGAUGUUUGUACUGCACUUAAUGUUAAUGUGAACCACGGAAUCUUGAUGUUUAUCAUUCGAAAGACGGUUGCCGAUCUUGGCACUCCCGAUGAUGAUGAUAGUUUCGAUAAUGAUGAUUGGCGAGAAUCUCUGUUUUCCCUGCUCCGUACGCUCCCUAAUUCCGGUGCGAGGACGCCUGAGACCCUUGUUUCGGCAGGCUUGAUACCAAUGCUGGUUGAUGUGCUCAAUCUUCGAACUGAGAAGGCUCGAAGAGUCUACCCACGUGUGAUGGAGUUUCUCGAUACUUACGUUCACCCAGUCCGGGACGCUUUAGCCACCUUAGCUUCAGCCCGUGGGUUCGAUGCUCUGUCCGGCCUCAUUUCCUGGGAAUCCAAAUCCGCUUUCGAGCUCGUUAAGGAAGGGAAAGGGAUUCCGGAUGAACAUAAGAAUGCGUACACUGACUACCAAAUACCAUACUUCCACCAGCAAUCUUUGCGAUGGCUUCUCAAGUUUGUGAACCAUGUUAUGCAACACAAUACCGGUGGAUUUGAACGGUUAUUACGAAACCUAAUCGAUUCUCCUCCUUUGCUUGAAGGACUUCGUCUGGUUCUUGAGAAUGCUGUGGUAUUCGGUUCUCAUGUGUGGAGCGGCGUUGUGAACGUCAUGAGCAACUUUAUCCAUAAUGAACCAACCAGUUACGCGGUUAUCGCGGAAGCUGGGUUGAGCAAAUCGUUGUUAGAGGCAGUAAUGGCGGGACCGAUUGAAACUGCUCCUAGCGGCACAGAAAACGAUAAGUUGCCGAAUUUGUUCAUUCCCUCUAAUCUUGAUACGGACCCCAACUCCCUUGUGGCCCAGAUCCUCGCUUCACCCCAGCAUAAAGGAUCUGAUGGCAUUUUACCUUCUUCAGAGGCUAUUGUAUGUAUUCCAGUGGCGUUCGGGGCGAUUUGCUUGAAUUCAACUGGCCUGGAACUUUUUGGAUCUUCAGAUGCUCUAGAGCGCUUCUUCGACAUUUUUGAAAGCCCUGAGCAUGUGAAGUGCAUGAGACACGAUUCAAAUUUACUACGGGCUUUGGGCAAUUCGUUCGACGAGCUUAUUAGGCAUCAUCCCCGUUUAAAGAAGGCGGUAACAAGUGCGAUUGUUCGUCUGGUUGCUCGCAUCCGAAUUCUCGUGUCUUCCAAAGCUUGGGAGCAUGGAUUAGGAGCGAAGUUAUGGACUCAAGAUGACAACCGGAACAUGUCUAUCCUCGGUGGGCCAGCGUCUGCUGUUACUGAGCCUGGCGCAUCAUUCACCGAAGACUUCGAGUCACUACAAAAAUCUCCAGUUCCUAGCCUGACUGAUGGAGGAGUUUCUAUAAACGGCCUGCCUCCACGACAAUAUUCCGAUGUUUUUGGUUCUCCAGAUGUCGCUAAAUGGAUUUUGGACAAUGCUGCCGACCCCGAUGGCCUCGAUGUCGCUGACUAUCUUUUCACUACCGUGAGAUUUCUGGCAGGAUUUUUUGAGAAUCAAAACAUGUGCUCUAAUUUCAUUGAAUUCGGUGGUGUGGAAUACGUUCUCGAUUUGGCAACCCUACCAAGUGUGCCACAUACAUUCCACACUACUGAAGCAAGUCGCUACUUGUCGCAGGUUAUCAAGGUAAUGGCUGAGACGAAGCCUCAUCUUGUCGUGCCUUCGGUGGUCAAGCGAACUCAAAAGGUGCUUGAUAGACUGGGGCCUUUCUUUGAAACGUGGCACACGCAUGGCUUCUUCACCCCUGUUACUUGCUCGACUCCGACGAGCGAACCGGAUGUACACGAUGUGAAGCUGAAAGGCACAUAUUUCGUGAAACAUCUUGUUGCAGUUGUGACACUGACAGAUGUUCUGCGCGAAAUGUACGGACCACAUUUGUACCCUGUUCGACCCAGUCAACAAGUUUCUCCUUUUGUCCAAGUUAAUCUAGCGGAUAAGUAUGCCAAGCUCGUUCAAAGCUUGGGUAGUUUGCAGGCGGCUUGUGUGUGGGAGGAGAUAUUAUUGCAAAAAAAUGAGCCGCCCGAAUGGAAAGGUUUGCCCAGAUCAAGCGGUUUUGGCCUUGCAGACACAAAUAUUGUUCAUCCUACAAUACAAUCGGCACCUACUGGAAUUAAUAUGGAUUCCUCUGCUCUUGAUGAAGCAUCAAAAGCCACUGAUAGUUCCAUAAAUUGGGCAGCACUCCGAAAUACUGACGUCCUCCGCUACUUGACUAGCACCUUGCCUUUAUCCAUCACAGGAUUUCACCACGUUUUGGGCCAUGGUCUUACGAGUAAGCGGCGCAUGGAUACCUAUCAGCGACAAAGGGCUACCAAAGUUGCCGAGGCCUUGGCCUUAAUGGUCGUGGAUCAAUUACAGCAAGCUUGCGAUUCAAAUCCUAAAGAUCGUUUCUCCUAUCUAAUUGUUAUUUUAUCGGCAUUUUCCCAACUAUUAUUUGAGACUUGUGGCUGUAUCAAACUUAUCUUGACCUUCUUCUCUGAGACGACGUCGGCGCGAUAUAUUAUCGAUUCUAGCCAGACACAAGCUAUGGCAGCUGAACAGCACAGGGAUCGCCCUGAUGCCUUCGUGCCGUCUCAAUUUUUGGUAGAGCUGAGAAUGGAAGCCUUGCCUUUGGUUCAACGAAUGUGGGAAUCCGACUUUAUCGAAGAUGCGUCCAGUUCGAUGGUGAAGGCGUUGAUUGAGAUUCUUCGGUCAGUAUUAGAAGGAGAGUAUGAAAGCGGAGCGCACCACCGUGGUGAUGUUCCCCCCUUGGCUGGCUCACCCACUCCGAGAACAUUCUUUUUCCAUAGAGACCGCCUUAGUUCUUUAACGGAGAAAGGGUAUGAUGAGAACCUUGCAAAGGAAGCAUUGUAUCGCUGCAAUAAUUCUUCAUCUUCUGCAGAAGAGUAUUGUUCAGCCCAUAAAGGGCUCAGGCCCCCACCGAGACUUCCAGUGCCCUCCUCUGAUAUUGAGCCGACCUCGAGAGUCAGCAACACCCCUCCGACCGAGAGUCUAUUCGGUACUCCUGCACCAAAUCAAGCUCAGCGUUCUGAUGGGUCCGCCACGGCCACCCCAUCCAGCCAGGCUUUCGAAGGCCACAUCGAGGCUUUGCUCGAUGAAAUCCAGGCUGCACCCCUUGAUGCAUUCCCUUCUGCAGCACGGGCUAGUGACAGUGCUAAUACGGAAGCCACCUCAUUGAAUCAAAGCACUGCCAAUACGACAGCGUUGCAAACUGCGAGAAGAACGUCCACCCCAAAGCGGCGAGACGUAGUCACCGUUGAGGAUUUGGAUGAGGAGCGUGACAAGGUCCGCACCAAUUUGAUCGAAAGAUGUCUCGAAGUUCUCAAUCUGCAUCACGACGUCACUUUCGAACUCGCUGACCUGAUUAACUCUGCCGCUAAACUCCGAGAUGGAGCUACGUUCCGCAAAGAAAUCGGGGAAACGUUGAUACAUUCUUUAAUAUCACUGCAGAUGGAUGAGAAUUUCCAGUCAGGAGGCAAAAAGAUAGCGGCCUAUGCUAAUUUGCUUGCCUUGGUCCUUCAAGAAAAGAGCGUGUAUGAUGCUACAUUAGAGCACCUGAGAGAAAACUUUUCUCUCCUUCUUGGUUUCAUCACCAUUCCUAAACCCCAGUCAGACAAGUCCACCGGUGAAUCUUGCCCGUGGAUUGCCCAGGUUCUCUUGAUAUUAGAGAGAAUUCUGUCUGACGACGAGCAACCGGACCAAAUUACGUGGACAUCCCCAAAUUCGGAUAAUGUUUCAGACUCCCCAGCCGAGCUGCAGGAACCAAUUAUUGAAAUUGAAGCCAAAGUACAACUCUUCGAUGCUGUUGUGGAAAUUCUUCCUAGAAUUGGAAAAGAUGAGACUUUGGCUUUAUCUGUUUGUCGAAUCUUUGUCAUUUUAACCCGACAUCGAGAUAUUGCUGUGCGCUUAGGAGAAAAGAAAAACCUGCAGCGGUUGUUUGUCAUGAUCAAGCAACUUGCCGACUCCUCAAAUGAUAGAUUGCAGAGCAGCUUUAUGCUAAUUCUGCGUCACAUCAUUGAAGAUGAUGACACAAUUCGGCAAAUCAUGAAAAAUGAGAUCGUGGCAAGCUUUGAUGCUAGAUCUCCUCGUCAAACGGACACGACCGGUUAUAUUCGACAAUUCUAUCAAUUAGCGCUGAGAUCUCCAAAGAUUUUCGUCGAGGCUACCAAUGAAAAACUGAAGUUGCAAAGAUACGAUCCUCAACAAAGACAGCAAGUCCUCACUUUGAAGGUUGAAAGGAGUGACAAGGAGCCACAGCAACCUGGCAUUGCACCCGGUGAGGAGUCCAAGGAGCCAAACAAGGCAGAGACAUCUGAAGGACCAAGCCGAGAAACGGAACGUGGAGAGCAUGGCGAUACCAAAGGCAAGCAAAAGGUCGAACUGAAGCCUCCAGUCGUGGAGCAUCCGGAUGGCGUGAUUCACUACCUGCUUUCUGAAUUGCUCUCCUAUCGAGAUGUUGAUGACAAAGAAGUCACAAGCACCUCAGAAAACACCGGAUAUCAAUCGGAGGAUGUGGAAAUGAUUACUGCAGACGUAUCUUCAGCCUGCUCAACUCCCCCACCACGAGAACCGGCCCCUAAGAAGUCAGAGAAACCGCAGUUCAAAUCCGAAGACCAUCCCAUCUAUAUCUAUCGAUGCUUCCUGCUUCAAUGUCUGACGGAACUUCUCUCCUCGUACAACCGCACCAAAGUUGAGUUCAUUAAUUUCUCGCGCAAGGCCGAUCCUCUUGCCACUACGCCUUCCAAACCGCGCUCUGGUAUCCUCAAUUAUUUACUUUACUUCCUUAUUCCCGUCGGGACUUUAGAACACGACGAAUCCAUAUCGUUCAAGAAGAGAGUAAAUACGUCGCAUUGGGCCAUGCGGGUUAUUGUCGCCCUGUGUUCCAAGACUGGUGAAUUUGGUGGAUCAAAGCGACGUCCUACUAUGGAUGAAGAAGAGGAAACAGAUUUGAUGUUUGUGCGAAAAUUCGUUCUCGAGCAUGCUCUAAAGUGUUACAAGGAAGCCAAUUCGUCUCAAGAGCCGCUUGACGUCAAAUAUGCCCGGCUUAUGUGCCUAGCCGACCUUUUUGACAAGAUGUUGAGUGGAGCAACAAAUACGGACGGCUCUGCGCAUUAUCCUUCAUCCACUCGCUAUAUUGCGAAGAUGAUGUUCGAGAAGAACUUUAUCUCUGCAUUCACUUCUUCGGUUGCCGAUAUAGACUUAAACUUUCCAUCGUCUAAGAGAGCUGUCAAGUACAUUCUUCGCCCGCUGAAUAAGCUUACGCAGACUGCAGUGUUGCUCAGCGAAGCUGCUAGUAUUGCUGGCGUCGGUGCCCCGGGUGUAGCCGAAGAAGACGAGAUCUCUUCUGCAACUUCCGUGUCAGAUAUCGAUGAUGAUAGAGAAGAGACUCCAGAUUUAUUCCGCCAUUCAACUCUUGGAAUGUUUGAACCAGACCACGAGGAAGAGACGCCCUCUGAGGAGGAAGAAGACGAGGACGAAAUGUACGACGAUGAGUAUGACGAAGAAAUGGACUAUGAAGAAGAUAUGCCAGAAAAUGAUGGCGAAGUGGUCAGCGAAGACGAGGACCUUGACGGACGCGGUCCGAUCGAAGGGUUGCCGGGCGAUACCCCCAUGGAUAUUGAAGUCCUUAUCGAGAGCGAUGAAGAUGAGGAUGACGAGGACGACGAUGAAGAUGACGAUGAAGACGACAGCGAAGAUGAGUCCGAUUUAGAUAACGAAAUAAUGGCCGGGGAGAUUACUGGGGAUCAUGAUAAUGACAGCCUUCACGGUGAUGAUGACGAGUGGGAGAGUGAAGAAAUGACCGAUGAUGAAGCAGAUGCCGAAAUCAUGGAUCAACUAGAGGAUGACCUGGAAGAUAUCGCCCAAGGAGAUCGUCAUGGCGGGCCACCUCAUUUUGAUGAACUACUCCGUGUCCUUGAGGGUGGCGGCGCAACUGUCGAGCGGAUCGAAGACGAUAUUGGGCUUAGAGCUAAUUUACAUGAUGACAUGUUGGACGACGACGACAUGAAUGAAGAUGAGGACGAGGACGAAGAGAUAGACGAAUUAGAGGAAGAUGUAGACGACUACGACGAACAUGGCUAUCAUGGAUUUGACGAUGAGGAUGCGGACAUGAACUCACCUUGGGCAUGGGUUGAUGAGCUUGCCCAUACACGAACGCAACGAACACCGUGGAACAUUUUCGCCGGUGGCUUUGGUGGCCGCCAUGGAGGUACCCACAUUCCUAGUUUCCGAGCUCACCGAACAACAAUGGCGGCUCCUCGGAACGACGAUGGGACCAACCCACUACUGCGUCGCAAUGAUCGAGCAGCAGACCAGCCACCUAGCACCGAAGCUUUCAGCGAGUGGGUACAUGCAAUCGAUCCGGCUAGCCAGGGCAGAUUUUUGUCCGUCGAUAGCCCUGUUAGCUUUAUGAACGCGAUCCUACAGGUUAUUGGACAGGGAGGCCCUGGUUUCGGUGUCGUUACUCGACCAGACGGGUUCCACCUUCACAUCGAGCGUGACGCUUCUCUUCCCUCCCGCCUUCAAGAUAUGCUUGGCUUAGGCAGGCCUAGUGUGAGCACACGCCCUCGCGACGAUCCUAGUCAGGCAGUAACAUUCAAUAUCUCUACUACAACUACUCGCUGGCAAGAGGAAGCUCGUAUCCUAUUUGGGAAUAGCUAUGUUGACAAAGCUCUGCGGGUUCUAAACUCUAUUCACAAGCUCCUCGUCCCUCCUGCUGUUGAAGAAAGUAAACGUCUGAAAAAGCAGCUCGAGGAGGAAAUGAAGAGACGAGAGGAAGAACGGAAAGAAAACGAACGUCAGGAACGUAUCGCAAAGGAGGAAGCUGAAAAGGAACGCAAACGAAAGGAGGAAGAGGAAGAAGCUUUGAGACAACAAGAGGCAGAGCGUGCAGCGGAGAGUGCUCGCCAGGCAGCUGGGGGUGAACCCAUGGACGAUGUUCAGCCAACAGAGCUAAGUCAAGAAGCACAGCAGCCGGAAGCUGAAGCAUCUGCUGCAGGCCCAUCUGAACCUACCCCUCGUGUGCAUACCACUAUUCGAGGUCGCCAGCUUGAUAUCACCGGCAUGGAUAUCGAUCCCGAGUUCCUUGAAGCUAUCCCUGAGGAGUUCCGUGAAGAGGUUAUCAUGCAACAGCUGGCAGAACAGAGAUCUCAUGCUGCUGCAGCGGGCGAAGAACCCAGUGAAAUUAACCCUGAAUUUUUAGAAGCGUUGCCUCCGGAAAUUCGUGAAGAGCUCUUGCAGCAAGAAGCCGCUGAUCGCCGUCGUCGUGAACGAGACGCUGCCCGUAGACAAGCUGCUGCUAAUGGAACACCACAUGCUGAGGAUAUGGAUCCGGCGAGCUUCCUUGCUACGCUAAACCCGUCUCUUCGGCAAACCGUGUUGGCCGACCAGCCCGAAGAGGUCCUAGCCGCUCUCGGCCCUGAGUUCGUUAGCGAAGCUCGCGCCCUUACCGGUCGACGCUUAGCACAAUUCGAUAUUGGUAGAAUGGACUCGCAGUCCAGAGCCGAGGCGUCGCAACAGGAUGAAAGUGCCAAGAAGCCCCAGCGACGUCAAAUUGUGCAGAUGCUUGACAAAGCCGGUGUUGCCACUCUUUUACGACUUAUGUUCAUGCCAUUACAAGGAAAUGCACGGCAUCAUCUCAAUGAUAUACUCCACAACGUCUGCCAGAAUCGACAGAAUAGGACAGAGGUUCUAAGUCUAUUGCUCCUCAUUUUGCAGGAUGGCAGCGCCGAUAUCUCAGCUGUUGAACGCAGUUUUGCUCAUUUGUCUCUCAGAGCGAAAACACCGACGACACAAAAGACUCCCCAACCUAAACGCACCAUCCCGUUGCCUACACCUGGCAAUGGUGAUGUUACUCCAUUGGUUGUGAUCCAACAGUGUCUUGGUGCAUUGUCGUUCCUUACACAAUAUAAUCCUCAUAUUGCCUGGUUCUUCCUCACCGAACACGACUCACAUACAGCCCUUAAGUUCAAGUCGUUCCGCAAGGGUAAGUUUAAGGAGAAUAAGGCAAAUAAAUUCGCAUUGAACUCCUUGUUAUCCUUACUCGACCGUAAGGCAAUCCUCGACAGUCCUAAUUGCAUGGAGCAGCUCUCUGGGUUAUUGAGCAGUAUUACGCAGCCAUUGUCUAUUCUCCUCAAGAAAGAAAAGGAGAGACAAGAAGAAGAAGCUAAAGCGAAGGAAGCCGCAGCUGCCAAGGAGAAAGAAAAAAAGGCUGCAGAUGAAACGGUUGAUACUGCAAUGACUGACCCCGGACCAGUUGCCACUGAACAGAAGCCUGAAGAACCUGCCCAGGGCUCUUCCAAUGAAGGUCAACCGGAUUCAAAACAAAAGAAACAGCGUGUCAUUGAGCCCCCAGUCGUACCAGAACAUAACUUGCAGCUCGUGGUUCAUAUACUUGCUGCUCGCGAGUGCAACGGAAAAAUAUUUAGAGAAACAUUGUCAACUAUCAACAAUCUGUCAUCUGUCCCCGGGGCCAAGGAGGUCAUUGGCAGGGAGUUAGUACAGCAAGCGCAGACACUAAGCGAAUCCAUUCUGUCGGAUCUGAAUGAGCUCUUGCCGCACAUUACCCAAGCUAAGAGCGGAACCGAUGUCCAAGGCAUGGCUUUGUCAAAGUUCUCGCCGUCGAGUUCAGACCAGGCUAAGCUCCUCCGGGUCCUUACUGCCCUCGAUUACUUAUUUGAUCCAGCCAGAGGUGAUAAAGAUAAGGGUUCCGAUCCCGAGUGCCCCGAGAAGGAAAAUGUUUUGAAGAACCUCUAUGAAAGUGCUACCUUUGGGCCUCUCUGGAACAAAUUGAGUGAAUGUCUCACCACUAUUCCUCAAAAAGAGAGCAUGCUGAAUGUGGCCACCACGUUACUCCCACUCAUCGAGUCGUUAAUGGUUGUCUGCAAGAACACGACUCUCAGGGAUCUCCCACUCUCCAGACACGGACGAGAAUUUUCCAUUGCAAGCCCUCCGCCGGAUGCUGGAAUGGAGGGGCUGUUCUUCACAUUCACUGAGGAACAUCGAAAGAUUCUCAACGAGCUUGUUCGCCAAAACCCUCGACUCAUGAGUGGUACGUUUUCACUCCUCGUUAAGAACCCGAAAGUACUAGAGUUUGACAACAAGCGCAAUUACUUCAACCGUCGUAUUCAUUCUCGUGGGGCUGAGGCUCGACAUCCUCAUCCGCCGCUGCAACUAUCUGUUCGCAGAGACCAGGUUUUCCUUGAUUCCUUCAAAUCGUUAUACUUCAAAACAGCAGACGAGAUGAAAUACGGUAAACUUAGCGUCCGUUUCCACGGCGAAGAGGGCGUUGACGCCGGAGGCGUGACGAGAGAGUGGUUCCAAGUCCUCGCUCGUGGAAUGUUCAAUCCAAACUACGCUCUUUUUAUCCCCGUUGCGUCUGACCGCACGACAUUCCACCCUAACCGGCUCAGUGGGGUCAACCAGGAACACUUGAUGUUCUUCAAGUUCAUCGGGCGCAUUAUUGGCAAAGCCAUCUACGAAGGUCGAGUCCUAGACUGCCAUUUUAGCCGCGCCGUAUACAAGCGUAUUCUUGGGAAAUCGGUGUCUAUCAAGGACAUGGAAACCCUUGAUUUGGAUUAUUACAAGUCUCUACUCUGGAUGUUAGAGAACGAUAUCACCGACAUUCUCACCGAGAACUUUUCGGUUGAGGUCGAAGCUUUCGGCGAAAAGCAGGUUAUUGACUUGGUUGAGAACGGACGCAACAUUCCAGUCACUCAAGAAAACAAAGAGGAAUAUGUUCAGCUUGUUGUCGAGCACCGGUUGGUUGGAUCUGUUAAAGAGCAACUAGACAAUUUCUUAAAGGGCUUCCAUGAUAUUAUCCCCGCCGACCUUAUCUCCAUUUUCAAUGAACAAGAACUGGAGUUGCUGAUUUCUGGCCUACCCGAAAUUGAUGUCGACGAUUGGAAGAACAAUACCGACUACCACAACUACUCUGCGUCGUCUCCACAGAUCCAGUGGUUCUGGCGUGCUGUUCGCUCAUUCGACAAGGAAGAGCGUGCCAAGUUGCUUCAGUUUGUUACUGGAACUAGCAAAGUUCCGCUCAACGGUUUCCGGGAGCUUGAGGGCAUGAAUGGAUUUAGCAAGUUCAACAUCCAUCGUGACUAUGGUAACAAAGAUAGACUACCCAGCUCGCAUACUUGUUUCAACCAGCUUGAUCUACCGGAGUAUGACAGCUACGAAACUCUCAGACAACGUCUCUACACAGCAAUGACUGCCGGCAGCGAGUAUUUCGGGUUCGCAUAAACUAGAGUGAUUGUAUUCCUUUACCGGUUCGUGAUUUACGGUUUGAUUCCUGGGCUGCAUUACCUACUCUAUUCCUUUUUGCAUCUGGUGGCGCUGUCAAGUUGACGAUCUAUGUACUCUCAGAAUGGCAUGGUCUUUGAUUUUCUUUUUCUUUUUUUUAAUUUGCUGGAAGGAUUGGGAAAAUCUGUAUUUAUGCUCCUUUUUUCCUCUUUUCCACAGUGCUUGUUACGCUGUGGCUUUGAGCCCUGGCGGCGUGUUGUUUGUUGAGAAAACAGUUGAAGUGCAGGUCAGCUGGGUUAUUUAGCAAGCAACAUUGCCUUCGCAGCUCCUGCAAUGCAGUGUCCGUAAUAGUUCUAGACUCAAAAGCAGCAUCUAUUCUGUCCUUAUA